AUGAUGAUUUCGGGCCCAAAACAACCAGGAAACGACAUAGAUGUUUAUCUAAGUCCACUGAUCGAUGAUUUAAAAGUGUUGUGGGAGGAAGGGGUGGAUGUUUUCGAUGCGCAUUCUGGUGAACAGUUCAAUAUGCGUGCCAUGUUAUUUUGCACCAUCAACGAUUUUCCGGCAUAUGGCAAUUUGUCUGGGUAUAAAGUUAAAGGGCAUAAAGCGUGUCCUAUAUGUGAAAAAGACACAUGUUACCAUCAGCUUGAAAAAGGAAAGAAGACUGUUUAUCUCGGGCAUCGAAAAUUUCUAAAUCGUUAUCAUCCAUAUCGUAGAUUGCGGAAAGCUUUCAAUGGGGAACAAGAGUAUGGUGUUGCUCCAAAGCCCUUAACUGGAGAGGAAGUUUAUCAACGACAACAGGGCAUUACUGCUGUUUUUGGAAAGUACCAAAAACGGCCUAUUGCGAAAAAUAUAUGGAAAAAGAGGUCGGUUUUCUUCGAUCUUCCAUAUUGGUCUAGUCUUGAGGUAAGACAUUGUAUUGAUGUGAUGCACGUGGAGAAAAAUGUAUGUGAUAGUGUAAUCGGAACACUUCUCAACAUUCAAGGCAAGACAAAGGAUGGUAUUAAUGCUCGUCUAGAUUUGGGCGUGAUGGGUAUACGAGAAGAGCUAACUCCACAAUAUAUAGGUAACAAGACGUAUUUGCCUCCUGCCUGCUACACUUUGUCGAAAAAAGAGAAAACAAGUUUUUGUGAGUGUUUAGAAAGUAUCAAAGUGCCGCAUGGUUACUCAUCAAAUGUCAAGAGGCUUGUAUCGGUUAAAGAUCUCAAAUUAGUUGGCUUAAAAUCUCAUGACUGUCAUGUCUUAAUGCAACAACUACUACCAGUAGCUAUUCGUGGGAUAUUGCCUAACAAUGUUAGGAAGACUAUAACUAGGUUGUGCCUGUUUUUCAAUGCAAUUUGUUGCAAAGCCAUUGAUCCAUUAAAGUUAGAAGAUUUGGAAAAUGAGGCUGCAGUUAUCUUGUGCCAAUUAGAGAUGUUUUUUCCUCCUUCAUUUUUUGACAUUAUGGUUCACUUGAUUGUUCAUCUAGUAAGGGAGAUUAGAUUAUGUGGUCCAAUUUUUUUACGGUGGAUGUAUCCAAUAGAGCGAUACAUGAAGAUCCUAAAAGGGUAUACCAAGAACCCACACCGUCCGGAAGCAUCGAUUAUUGAGAGGUACAUUGCAGAAGAAGCAAUUGAGUUUUGUUCUAACUAUUUGUCGGAAGUGAAUGCUGUAGGGGUUCCCAAGUCUCGUCAUGAUGGAAGAUGUGAGGGUGUGGGUACAAAAGGUUUAAAGAUCAAGAGCUUAAGUAUUGAUGUGGUUGUUCAAGCGUAUUUGUAUAUAUUGAAUAACACGGAUGAAGUUCAACCUUACUUAUCUGCUCACAAAAGCAUCAUAAAGAAAAAGUACCCCAAGAUGAGUGAAAGAGGGUUGUUAAAAGAUCAUAAUUAG